AUGGCUCGUGCCAUCAUCUACAAGCGGUCCGUAGAUGCAGUGCUGGUAGACAUACAGCUUGACAAACUAGAUCCGUCUAAUCAUGGGAUAAAGAUAAAGGAAGAACCGUUCGAUCCAGAUAUCCUUACUCAUGACGAUUCUUCUUCGAUGAGUAAAAAUGGAGAAGAUCAAAGUAGGAUAGCAACGCCUGAAGAUGAGUCUUCAGAUGUUGUUAAUUUUACAGAAGGUAAACAGGUGUCAGCUGCGAAAUCGAGUUCGAAAGUCAUAGAAUUAAGAAGUUGUUCACUUUUCGAGAGGAACAGAAGAAGUGAAUUGGAACGUAUGAAAAAACGUCAGAGAGUAGUUUGCAAUGUUUGUUUGGUAUCGUUUGAAAAAGCACGCGGCUUAGUAAUGCAUAGGUUGUUUUUAAGUAGACCGUUCAUGUGCGACAAUUGCCACAAGUCGUUCACCUCGCAAACGAACUAUGCCCUUCAUAAGAUUACCUAUCAGAGCAGUUGCGGAGGCGGACCCGGUCCGAAGCCUCGUUACGUUUGCAACUUUUGCGAGCGAGGAUUUUUCCGCAGAAGCCUUAUCCAGUCUCAUUUGUUUCAUCAACACGGAGACGCGAUACACGGUGGUCGAUUCAAUCCUGGGAACAUCGUGGAACAUGCGUCGAUGGAAAAUGUUAACGAGGAUUCGGUGGACACUGGUUCUGAAAUGUCGAAGGAUUCAACGUCGACGAAAUGGAUUAGCACGCCAACGAUGACGGUGAACAAUUUGAAAUAUUCGGAGAACACGCCUAGGAAAAAGUUGAACAGUCCACUGUCGAGAAAUCUAAUCAAGUCCUGCGGCACGCCCUCGAAAAAGAUGAAACAGACCACUCUUACGGACUUCAUUUCGUUCUGCAACGCCACCGUGAAGAACGAACGUUCUACACCAGAGAAUCUCACCGAUUUAGAGAAUAUUUCUGGUCGACGACCGGAAACACCCGACGAAUUCGAAAACGAUUCGUCGAAACUUCUGAAGGACAUUGAAAUGUCCACACCGGUUAAAUGUCCCGAAACUGAUAUGCUCGAUAGUAAAAAACCGUUUGUUCGAAUACACAUGUAUCCAAACCUAAUAAUGUCAUUUCUAAGCAAGAAUAUAACGAGUCCUACAACUCCUACUACUUCACGGAGUACUCCUUACAAUUUCAGGCAAACCAGAGCCGGUUCUAACAAUUCAACUGAUCCCGAAUCUCCUAAGAGUGCAAGAGAAUCUCGUAAAAGAAAAAGAAACGCUAAGAAAGAAGCAUUGUUUUCGCUAGAGAAAAAGAUCAGGACUACGUGUAAAGAUUGUGCGAUUUAUCUGGAAAGAUGCGAUAAAGUUGCGAAGACUAACGUGUCGCAGAGCGUUUCUCAACAAGUAGAAUCAGAAAGAGUGGAAGAAAAUUCCGAAGAGGUACAGAAAACGAAUCUAGAAGGCGACGCAUCGUUGAAAGCUAUAGAAACUCCAUCGGCGGGAUCGUCUACGGUGAUAAAGCCUUGUAAGAAUGAGCCAACGACAGCUGAACAACAGUCAGAUUUGCACGAGAAAGAAGUGAAGCCUAAAUUGGUAAGAAUGUUUCGUUGCAAUCUCUGCGACAAGUUCUUCCUGUCACAGGAGAACAUGCGCGAGCACAAAGAACUGUUCCACGUGAUCUACAUGUCGAGCAUAUGCAACGCGCGUUUCAAGACCAUGAGCCUGCUGUUGCGCCAUUACUGGCGGCAGCAUCUCAUCCCCAUGCAUAAGAAAUGCUGCGUGUGCGACGAGAAAUUCGACAGCACGAUACUGCUGAAGCAACACUUGGUGUUACAUUGCGUGAAAACCGUGCAGUCCAAGAAAGACACUCUACCGGUCGACAUCGAACCACUCUGCAACGUGUUCAAGAAGCGCCAUCGAUGCAAAGGUUGCCUAAAACGAUUUUGGUUGAAAGUGUGUUUGACGCAGCACGAGAAGGUGUGUCGUCGAAUGAAAACCAGGACGACUGACAAACAGCCAAGAUCUUCGUCGGUCUCGAUAGAGAAAGAUAACGAGAAAUCUAGCUCGGUGGUCGAUAAAAAACAAGCUCCCAGUGUUCCACCGAACGAGCAACCGGCGGUUAGUCCGAAUGGAAAUACGCAAUAUCGUUCUAAAAUCGACAUUUUCCCGUUAGAAUCGCAUAACGUGGUGAACAAAAGGCUGAUCAACGGUAUGGCGUACGCGAAGGGUUACCAAGUAAACGCUCAAAACGACGCGGUCUUUCCCUGCACUAUCUGCGACAAACAGUUCCGCACGUUCCCCAAUCUUUGUAUGCACGAGCGUACCUUCUGCAAACCUCUAAUUAACCGGUGUAACACUUGCGGUACCGCGUUCCCCACUAAGAAACUACUGCAGAUUCACAUGCUCGCGGCUCACACAGCUUCGAAUGCCGGGCAUUACAAGUUCAUCUGUCAAUACUGUAACCAAGGUUUCGUGAAAAGGAUGAACCUUCAGAUACACGAGCGACACUUGCACGUUAAUACGAAAGUGCUGCAAAAUACCGAUCGUAUCUUCAGCGUGCACACCAUAUGCAGCGUGUGCAAUCUGAUGUUCGAGUCCUACGAACGUUUCGUCCAGCAUAACAUGUACUAUUACCAGGGGCAAACGUUCGCGUGCACGUUUUGCUCGGAGUCCUUCCAAGGUAUGUAUCUGCUUCAUCAUCACUACAAGGUGACGCAUCGUCCGGACAACAAACGACAGUCGUACAUUUACACGUGCGACGUUUGCAACGAGAUGUUCUCCUACGAUUCCCAUUUGCACGCGCAUAAAUGGCACGUUCACCUGCACAACGAGCCCUCUGUGCAGAACACUUUGAACACCAUGCAAGAUCACAGCUACGCGUUGACUCCCAACAUGGACGUCUCGGCGGCGGAAUCGGCAGGUCUACCGGUGAAGAUGUACGGAUGCAACGUUUGCGACUUGCAUUUUACCAACACGAAGGACUUACUGGUGCACAAGGUGGAAUACUCGGCGGACGGCGACUUCGAGUGCAAAGGAUGCCACCGUAGGUGUCACACCAGUUCCAUUCUUGCUAGGCAUCAAUGUUUGAGUCACACCGACUGCGAGUCGAACAGUACUUACAAAUGCUGCUUCUGCGGGGAAGUGUUGACGACCAGUAUCUCGAUCAUGUGUCACGAUAAACAUUUUCACACGAACAACGUGGAUCCGUCGAGACCGCGAAACACCUCCCUGAAACCAUUAGACAGCGCUGCUUUGCUCGACAUCUCAGGUGGCACUUUCAAUUGCUGGACUUGCGACUCCAAGUUCAAAACACCGGCUGAUCUGAAGCAACAUCUGCUGGAGUACUCGGACAUAGGCGCGUUCAGCUGCAGCAUUUGCCACAGGAAAUUCUCGAAUUGCUACGUACUCGAGGUGCACAAGCUGAAGCAUUCCACGCUUAGCGUGUCUCUGUUUCGACACCGGUGUCCUUUGUGCAACGAGGGAUUCACGUGCGCGAACAACGUUCGAGUACACGUGAUGCACCUGCAUCGAUACGAAAUCUUCGGCAACAACAACGUUAAGAUGUACACGUUGACCAAACUGCCUAACGGUACAGACACCAUCGAGCAGACUGCGAUGUUCAUCAAGUCCAUGACGAUAGCUAAUAAUUCUUUGAUGCCGAUGUCGGCUUCUCAAACUACGAACAAACUGAUGGUGAACUGUCCGGAAUGUGACAUAACGUUCAGCAGCCCGAAACAUCUGGCGAAGCACAGGUCGCGGUUCUGGAACAAAGGGAAUCAUCAGUGCCCGAAAUGUGGCCGUAGAUUUCUAUGGCUUACGUUGAUGCAAGCACAUUUAAAGAAACAUUCCGCCAAGGCGAACAGUUUGUUGAAGUACUUGUGUCCUCAUUGCGACGACAAGUUUCGAAGCUCCGUGGCCGUCUACUCGCACGUCAUCCACCUUCACGGCAAGGACAAGUUAGGUGGUCGACAUAUCCACCAUGUUGAUCCAUGUGCUUCCACGUGUGCUGAGACAGGGAACAGUGCUGCCAUGGAAGGAGGUCGAUUUGAGGAGGCGGGUACUAGGGCCGGUAUUAUUGGAACGAAGGAAAGUGGACCGAUUCCAAAGGCAUCCCAAACGCACUUCAUGUUGACACAUUUCGAUACAACAUUAAACGAGUUCAGUUAUGCAAAUGUCAGAGAUGGCUUAACGUGUACCACCUGUGGAUCAAGCUUCGCUGACCGACAGACGUUGGAUCAGCACAAGAAGACUGCUCAUGCACUAUGCGAGCACUUGUUCAAUAUCAACAUUGACAAGUCUGAAAAGACUAAGGAGUCUCAGCAGACUAAAGUAUCUGAACAGACUAAUGGGUCUCAGCAGACUAAAGUGUCUGAACAGACUAAUGGGUCUCAACAGACUGACCUGUCUGAACAGACUGACUGA